UUUUAUUUAUGUUACUUAUACUCCCUAGAAGUUGGAAUUGGAAGCUUAUUGUUAGACAAGAAUUCUGUUUUGGAAUAGCCGAAUAGGAGAUCAAAAUGUUUGUCAAAUGAGGCCUAAUAAAUUUGUUUUGACCAAGUUAGAAAUACGGAGUAUUAUUUAUGCCCUUACAUUUGUCUCAAAUAAUAUGCAGGGUAUUUACAAAUACUCACCAAUGGGUCUCAAAAAAGAAAUGACUGAAGAAAUUCCGGCUUUAAAUCUUCAAGUAUGGCACCUUAUAGCAAUAUUUGUAGCAUUAGCCAUAGUUGUUGUCUUGUUUAUGCUUUGGUGUUAUACAUUUACUAAAAAGAAAUCGAAGAAAGCAACUGAUAGACUUCCAGUUACACAAAAACCGACUGUUGUGUCAGCAGAGAUCAAAGACAUAAGAGUUGAUCAAAAUUCUGCUAGUCCAUUUAUGGGUCAAGAUACUAGUAAUAACACGUUAUGGGACAAAUUCAGUGACAAAGAUAAAGAUUCAGAUAAACUGUUAACACGUCCAAGUGUUGACAAGAGUAAAUAUGGAGAUAAUAGUAGUCAAUCAGGAUCUUUUAAUCAUCUAGACAAAGAAGAUACAGGGCCUGAUUCUGGCUCACAUCCCAUCACUCAAAGUUCCCCUUUAUCGGGUUUACCUGAGUUUUCACACCUUGGUUGGGGUCAUUGGUUUACACUACGGGAUCUCGAGACAGCAACAAAUCGCUUUUCAAAAGAUAAUGUUGUUGGUGAAGGUGGAUAUGGGGUCGUGUAUCGUGGUUAUCUUGUGAAUGGCUCACCUGUGGCUGUUAAGAAGAUUCUCAACAAUGUAGGACAAGCUGAGAAAGAAUUUCGAGUUGAAGUUGAAGCAAUUGGUCAUGUUCGGCACAAAAACUUAGUUAGGCUUCUUGGUUAUUGUAUUGAAGGAACCCACAGGUUGUUGGUAUAUGAGUAUGUGAACAAUGGUAACUUAGAGCAAUGGCUUCAUGGAGGUAUGCGCCAACAUGGAUAUCUUACAUGGGAGGCUCGCAUGAAAGUUAUUCUUGGUACUGCAAAGGCGCUUUCGUAUCUGCAUGAGGCCAUUGAGCCAAAGGUGGUUCACCGAGAUAUCAAGUCCAGCAAUAUUUUACUAGACGAUGAGUUUAAUGCUAAAUUGUCUGACUUUGGACUCGCCAAGUUAUUGGGUGCGGGGAAAAGUCAUAUCACAACCAGAGUAAUGGGCACAUUUGGAUAUGUAGCUCCAGAGUAUGCAAAUAGUGGGCUUUUGAAUGAAAAGAGUGAUGUUUAUAGUUUUGGAGUUCUGCUCUUAGAAGCAAUCACGGGAAGAGAUCCGGUAGAUUAUGGUCGUCCAGCAGACGAGGUGAACCUGGUUGAUUGGCUCAAAAUGAUGGUUGGAAGCAGACGGUCAGAAGAGGUUGUUGACCCUAAUAUCGGUACCAGACCAUCUAGAACCGCACUUAAACGGGCUCUUUUGACUGCUUUAAGAUGCGUUGACCCCGAUUCUGAGAAACGACUUACGAUGGGUGAAGUUGUGCGCAUGCUCGAGUCUGAAGAGUAUCCAUUAACACGCGAGGGUCGAAGACGCCGUAGGAGUCAAGCUAAUCCCACAGAACCCGAGUCACAGACUGAGAAUUCUGAUGCAGAAAAGGGUACCAGAUAAAAUUCGAAGGUAUUGACCGACCCAACUACCACAGUACAAAAACGAAAUGCAGAAAUCAUUUUUUUUGCAUCCAUUCAAAGACAUGAUGCAGGGCAAAGCUAAUACAAAACAGACCUCUUUUUUUUCUUAUUAUUAUUUACAUGUAGAUGAAGUUGGAUAGAUAUGAUUGAUUUGUGCAUGAAGAAAGUCACCUUUAAAGAUUACUGGUGUGUACAGUUUCUUUGUAUGGGUGUGAUCAAUACUAGAUUGGCAUGACCAUAGUUUUUUGUAGUAGCUCUAUCAAAGAUUUCGGAUAUGUAUUUUCGUUCUCUUAAGAAAGAUUAAUGGAUUCCUCUAUAUAUAUGAUAUUCGGCUAGUGUUCGUUAGAA